CUAUAACAACGGGGGUAAGCUUCCGGUUAGGUCGCGGCGCCUCAGUAUCUAUAGCAACAAGCCAGAAACUUCCGCUGUUCCCUAACUGUGUGUGAGUGUGAGUGUGAGUGUGAGUGUGAGUGUGAGUGAUCCACCGACCGGGAGAUUCCGCCUGGAGCCGGGACUGUGAGCGGCACCAACCAGAGUGAGAGGGGCUCCAGCCUUGGCACAGAGAGAGUGUGGGAGAGCCAUGCCAACUAAGCAGCGACAGAACGUGGCAGCUGUGGGUCAGAUCCCGAAACCAAAUGUCCUGAAACCUUCUAAGGCGGCAUCCAAAAAGAAGGAUGACGAUGACUCCACAGAUGUCGGAGAUGGAGUAGAAGAAUGGACUCAGGCCAAGACUUUGAUUAAACCCCGCGACCAACUGGAACUGACAGAAGCAGAACUGAAUGAAGAAUUUACUCGCAUUUUGACAGCCAAUAAUCCCCAUGCUCCCCAGAACAUCGUCAGAUACAGCUUUAAGGAGCGAGCGUACAAGGCGGUGAGCAUGGUGGAACAGCUGGCCGUGCACUUCUCCCUGGAUGGGAACCUCUUGCACAAGGACUCCGACGAGGCCCGCAGGCAGAAACUGCGUAUGGGGGGGCUGGAAGGGCCCACUCACAUUGACUCCCCUGCAGCAGAACCAGCAGACAAUAUGGAGACAGAGGAGCACCCAGGAACUCCGGUACCGGCCGCAGGGGACGAGGGGGCUGAUGGAGAAGACGCACCCAAACUCAAGGAACGAAAACUGACCAAUCAGUUCAACUUUAGCGAGAGAGCCUCCCAGUCUCUGAACAACCCACUGAGAGAACGUGCCUGUCAGACAGAACCGCCCCCGCGGGAAGUCUUUUCUGCCUCUGCCAAUCAGUGGGAGAUCUAUGACGCUUACGUGGAGGAGCUGAAGAAGCAGCAGAAGCUGAAAGAGAAGCCGAAGGCUCCGGCCUCUAAGAAAGAAGAAGAGACGCCAUCCCGGCGCAGAAUGGGCGCCACCGAAUCUCAGAGUGAUGACAUCAGCAAGUUGGCGAAAUCGUGCAAAAUCAUGGAGAGGAUGGUGAAUCAGAACUCGUUUGAUGAUGUCACUCAGGACUUCAAAUAUUUCGAGGAUCCUGCGGAUGAAUUUAGAGGCCAAGAGGGAACAUUGAUGCCACUGUGGAAGUUCCAGCAAGAACAAGCCAAGGGGUUGGCAGUGACUGCCCUCUGCUGGAACCCAAAUUACAAGGAUCUCUUUGCAGUUGCCCACGGCUCUUAUGACUUUAUGAAACAGAACCGAGGCUUGGUGCUCUUCUACUCGCUCAAGAACCCCUCGUUCCCCGAAUAUCUGUUCAGCGCAGACAGUGGCGUCAUGUGCUUGGACUUACACAGAGACCACCCCUAUCUGGUGGCCGCCGGCUUCUAUGAUGGCAACGUGGCCAUUUAUAAUCUCAAAGCAGACACGCCACAGCCAAGUUUCAUUAGUUCGGCAAAAUCCGGCAAACACACCGACCCUGUGUGGCAGGUGAAGUGGCAGAGAGACGACAUGGACAAUAAUCCAAACUUUUUUUCCGUCUCGUCAGACGGGAGGGUGGUGUCCUGGACAUUAGUAAAGGACGAGUUGGUUCACUCCGAUGUCAUCAAGUUGUCCUUCAGUGGAACAACUGCAAGUGGCCCUGAGGGUCUCAGGCUCCAUAUACAUGGUAGCGGAACAGCCUUUGACUUCCACUGGCAGACUGAGUACCUGUACCUCGUUGGGACUGAAGAGGGAAACAUCCAUAAGUGCUCGAAGGCUUACUCCAGCAAGUUCCUGGACACGUACGAGGCACACAGCAUGGCGGUGGAUACGGUGCGCUGGAACCCUUUUCACCCCAAGGUCUUCAUCUCCUGCAGCUCUGAUUGGACAGUCAAGAUCUGGCAACAUGAUGUCAAGAGCCCAAUGUUUGUGUUUGACCUGAGCGCCCCGGUGGCAGAUGUUGCCUGGGCCCCGUACUCUUCCACGGUGUUUGCUGCUGUCACUGUUGAUGGGAAGGUCCAUGUGUUUGAUUUGUCCGUAAACAAAUACGAGGCGCUGUGCCAACAGCCAGUGGUGGCCAAGAAAAAGACCAAGUUAACCCACGUAGAGUUUAACCCUGUAUAUCCCAUACUUAUUGUGGGGGACGACCGGGGGUACGUCACCAGCCUGAAGCUGUCGCCCAAUCUGCGCAAAAUGCCCAAGGAAAAGAAAGGCCAGGAGGCCCAGAAGGGGCCAGAGGUGGAGGUGGCCAAACUGGACAAACUGCUUGCCCUUGUGAGAGAACCCGAUAUCCAACAGGGGGAAACCGAGUCUCCAACUCACAGAGCAGAGUAUUAGGCCUCCGGGUCCCAAGUGCCCAGGUAUAAACUUGUCUUCUGGGCCAGUGAGGGCCAAUAGCCGGGGGCCACAGGAUGGACAUUGGUGAUUGAUUUGGCCCCAGAUUUGCCAGGGGCCCCCCUUCUUUAUCUCCAGCAUUUGGCCGACUGUAAAAAUGUAUUUGUCUCACACUCACAUCUCUUCCUAUUAAAGUAAAUGUUUGGUUUA